AUGUCUUACCGUGAUCUUAGAAAUUUCAGCGAAGCCAUGCGCGUGUUAGGCUUCCCGAAGCCAAUAUCCUUGGAGAGCUUCAGGAUCCCGAACUGGGAACUGGUGGAGGAGUGUCUCCGCUGGCAGGCGGCGAGGGUCGACCCCGACGCCGUCCUGGCCGGCGGCCGGGGCAGCGUGGAGCAGCGCGUGUCCAUAGUGACGCACGCGGUGUCUCUGUUUCACUCCCGAGCGAAUCUUAAACUAAACGGCAAGAAGUUGUACGGUGCUGAUGGCUGGGCCGUGCGUGAGUUGCUGAAGGUGGCGACCUUGUUGAGAGCAGCCUUGGAGUCACCGGGCUCUGAAGACCAGUCCGAUUCAACUCCGCUGUCUUAUGACAUCAGUAAUAGGUUGGGGGAAAUAAAACAAGCUCGUGCUUUAGCUACGGAAAUUACCGCUCAAGGCGCUUUCCUAUACGACUUACUGACUAAGGAACCUGAGAAUAAGGAGUCCCGAGAGCAGGCCCUGUCCCGCCCUUUAGACAUGUCGGCCAUGGAGUCGUGUCUCCGGCGCGCCCUGGACACGGUGGCGUCCCGGGUGAGCUCUGCCCGGGAGCAGUGCGGCGGUGUGGCGGCCAGCGAAGCCGCCCUGGACGCCAAGCUGGAGAGGCGCCGCGCGGAGCUGCAGCGAGCCGAGAAAAGACUACACACAGUGCAGAAGAUCAAACCGGCGUACCAGGGCGAGCUUUCAGCGCUGGAAACCGAACUAGGGCAGCUCUGGGACGACUACGUCCUGAAGUACCGCUGCGUUGAAGCUUUGAAGCAUCAACUGAGCUUACUCGAGAGCGCUCAGGCUGAGGCGGCUGAAGAGCAGCAGACCGCCAUCAUGCAGCUCAUCCACAAAUACGAGGCAGAAGACGUCCUAGGGAAGAUCAGCGGAUCCGAUGAAAUGGAGUCGAGUGACGAGUCGCAGGAUGCGGAGGAGGCGAAGCCGCCGCGCCCCGCCACCCGACCCAAGACCAGACUCAGGAUCAAAACUGCAGGUCGCGAGCGAGGGGGCGAGGCGCGGGGGGGCGCGGCGCGGGACUGGGACCACAUCCGCGACGAGGUCGAGGGCGACUCGCAGUCCGACUCCGACUUAUCGGAUCGAGAGAUCUACGACCCCCAAGCCCGGUGGUCCCGAGCGCGGACCCGCCCCACCACUCGGACCCUGGCCGCCGCUGACGACGAAGACUUCGCCGAUCUAGCACAAGGAGGCGAACGUGAUGAUGGAGACUCUCUGGGCAGUUCGUCGGAGAGCGAGCUAAGACUGACGAGUGCCGCCCCCGCGCUCAGCGACAACGAAUUUUAGUCUUAUAGGAAGAGACAGACGUUGUUCUGAUCAGAUUUGAAGCUUGAGGCUUAUUUCUCAAGGUGAGUGGAAUUAACUUUGAGAUACCUAUGGGCUCAGGUAACCGCUUGAUUCCAGCUAGACCGUGAGUUUGUCGGCCAAUCUGUAGCAGAAGAUAUUUCUCACCUUGGAUAAAUAGCCAUGCUAUUCUGAUGACAUUAUUAUUGUCCAAGGAUAACACCAUCUGUGCAGACUAAGGAAUAUGUAAUAGACAUAUAAAAAUGUAUCGUGAAUUUGUAAUGAACUAAAAAUACUUAAUUUUACACAGAAAAGUUUUUAUUAAAAUAUAUUUUUACAAAA